AUGGCACCUGGGGCACUUCCAAUAGAAAUUCUCUUUCCCAUUCUUGCAAUCUUUGGAAUUCCUGCGAACCUGAUGACACUGUUGAUUCUUUCUGAUGGGAAGUGUGGCCUUUCCCAAGGAAUCACUUGCUACAUGAGGGCCAUGGCAACUGCAGAUUUGAUGGUACUUGUCUUCAACGUGAUUGUGAAUGAGAUAAUCAUGAAUCAUUUCCCAGGCUCGCCGAUGAACUACACUCUCAUCUGCCGACUCAACACUUUCCUGCAAGGGCUGAGCCUCCAGCUGUCCAUCUGGUUCACCAUAGCCUUCACCUUUGACCGCUUUGUAGUAAUUUGCUGCCACAGAUUGAAGGUGAGGUAUUGCACUGAAAGAAAGGCCAAUGUGGUCAUAUCCACUGUGAGCGUGCUUAACAUUAUAAUCAACAUUCCCUUACCUUUUCGCUAUGAGGCUGCUUAUGUUGUGAACAGUGUACAGUGGGGCUGCCACACCAUCACCAGUUACCACACUUCACCAGGCUGGACAGCUCACCGGUGGGUCACCAACAUCUCAACCAUGUUUCUUCCUAUUCCCCUGCUCCUGUUGUUGAAUUCUCUCACUGCGCAGCACAUCCUAGUGGCCAGCAGAGCUCGCCGAGCCCUGAAAGUCAGCAGCAGUGGUGGUGCUGGGAAGUUGGGCAGUGACCCCGAGCUGAAGAGCAGGAGGACCUCCAUCAUUCUGCUCUUCACCAUCUCUGGGUGCUUCGUGGUGCUGUCGAUGCCCAUCACUGUGAUCCAUAUCUGUGUCGGUGUCACCCAGACAGUGACAUUUGUCGGAUCAAACUCACUCUAUUUGGCAAUCAGGGUGACAUUUCUGAUGAUGUGUACCAGCUCCUGCACAAACACAUGUAUUUAUGCACUGACCCAGAGGAGGUUCAGAGAGGAGAUGAAGAAACUAGUCAAGUCUCCCUAUUCUAUUCUCUGUAAGCUACAUAUGUAA